CCAGAUUUGAGGCCCUGAGGAGACACCUGUGAAUUUAUUUAUUUCUGCCUUCUGUGGGGCUGCAGGGGUGCAUUGUGGGAAAUGGAGUCCGCCACCCCACCAGAUUCAAUGCCCUGAAGGAUUCGCCGGUGCCUGGGAACUACAACUCCCAUCCUGCCUCCCUUUCCCCAUUCUGAGGCUGCCCCCCCUUGUGGCUGUGCCCUGAAGCCCCCCAGGAAGAGGAGCCCCUCUUUCCAAGCAGAUCUUCCUGGGGAGCGGCAACCUGCUCCCUUUCCCCGGUGCCGAGUGCGAAAGGCGGGCGCCUUUAGGCCGCGGUUCAGCCUCGCAGGGUGCCUGAACCCUUUUGGGGGGGGGCACGUGGGCCAAAAAAGACCCUCCUUGUACUUCGGGAGGUUUUCGGGGGGUUUUUUUUGGCAGGUGCGGUCGCCGGAAGGCGCUCCCCGGAAAACCCAUGCUCAACGUCGCCCGCUCGGCGCGCUCUUUCCGCUCUAACACUCCCGACAGGUCGCGGGUCACCAUCGCCAGCAGGAAACGCCUGGAGGAUGAAGAGGGUGAGGAGGAAGGCGGCCGAGCCUGUUGUAAACAAAAAUUGCCCUUUUCCCCUUAUGGGGUAUCCAAGAGCCCAUAUAGAGUCCUUUUGUGGGUUCUCUAUCAGUAGGAGAAAAUAACAGAGGCCAACCAGAGAAUAUUGAGAAGCAAAGCAGCUUGUAAGCCUGAUCUGUUGCAACAGGGUCCUCACUCACCACACGCAGGAGAGAGGAGGAACCCAGAACAAAAGUAUGUCUGCCCUUAUAUAGACAUUUUAAAUUCCCUCCCUGGAGUCCAAGACCACCCCCAGAUACAUCAUACCUACAUUACAGAAAAGGUGGUCUACAGCAGAAAUCUGAGUGCGUUGUUUAUCUCGUCUGACAGGUUACCUGUUUAAUGGUCACUUGAUUGGAUUUCCUGGGGAGCCUGGCUAGUCUUUUGUAGUGAUAAAUACCAUAUUUUUCGCUCUAUAAGACGCACCAGACCAUAAGACGCACCUAGUUUUUGGAAGAGGAAAACAAGAAAAAACAUAUUCUGAAUCUCAGAAGCCAGAACAGCAUGAGGGAUCGCUGCGCAGCGAAAGCAGCAAUCCCUCUCGCUGUUCUGGCUUCUGGGAUAGCUGCGCAGCCUGCAUUCGCUCCAUAAGACGCACACACAUUUCCCCUUACUUUUUAGGAGGGAAAAAGUGAGUCUUAUAGAGCAAAAAAUACGGCACAUAGUUCCUGAGCCAGGUCACAGGCUCGCCCUAUUCAUACACAGACAUACCCUUAAGACAGGAUUUGUGAAUGAAAUGACAGUGGGGAGGCUUUUCCACUUUGACCUUGCAGAGAAAACAUUUGCUCAGUUUAGGAAUCAAAAUGGCUUCAGGUCGGUCUUCCUGUGCUGAUCUAUGUACAUGCGGUUAUGAACAUUACCAUAUAUUUAAGACCUCAGGAAGGAAGGAGCACGCAUGGCUUUAGAAGACGGCCGUGCGCAUGAAGAUGAUGGGUUUUUCGGAGCUAGCCGACCUGGCCAGGAGAGUCCGUGAUCAGAAGGAGGAGGAUUACCAGGAAGAAGACUAUUUUAGUUAAAUAUGUUAAGUUCAACUAAUUGGAAAAGCUUGCAAAGAACAGAUAGGCUUAGGAUUUAAAUGCGUAAUGUGAUGAAUUAAUAUGUUUCAUGCUGAAUUGGAAAGAAAGAAAGAUGUUAAGUGAUUAAGUUAAUGUUAUAAGAAGACUGGUUUUGGAAAACCAUUAAAAUGAUAUACACCGAAAUUCAACCCCAUGCUCUUUCUUUUCAAAUUUUUUAAAAUUUAUUUUCCAGAUUUAACACAACACAAAAUAACAAACAUAUAAAAAGAAAAACAAACAUACAUUCACAGCUUCUUACAGUUAAAACUCAAAAUUGCAUUCCAUUAUUGGGUGACUUCCUCAAAUCCUUCCUAACCGAUUUUCAUUGAAUCUCAUUUUAGCAGUUUUCCAAUAUCCACUUUCUAAUAAAAUUAACUUGUUCAAAUGACUAACUUCCUUUCUUUUUGUAAUAUUCUCAAUCCAUCAUUUUAUACAACUGAACAUAAUUUAAUCUUAAACCAAAUUUAGUGCUUGCAAGUAUUUCCACUUAUGUUAUAUUAUUACGUUUUACUAAAUAUUCCUUAAAUUUCUUCCAUUCUUCUUGAUGUUCCUCCUCUUUCUGAUCGCGGAUUCUUCCAGUCAGGUCAGCCAGCUCCAAAAAGUCCAACAUCUUCAUCUGCCAGUCUCCCACUGUUGGUAUUUCCUGUGAUUUCCAAUUUUGGGCAAGUAAAAUUCUUGCUGCAGUUGUGGCAUACAAAAACAAUUGAACAUCUUUUUAAGGCAAUCUCCCCAUGCUCUUAUGGCGCAGAGCUCUCCGUCCUGGCGGAAAAGGCCGCCCUGUGGCUAAUCUUCCGCCAUGCAGGCUGAUAGAUGAGCUUAAUUUUUGGGCACCUUGGCAAGAAAUUCCGACAUUUGGAAAGGGUGCAUACCUUUGCCACGUUUCUCCGGCGAAAACGGGGGUGCCCUGUUCCGCGCCAGGAAGCUUCUCCCGCAUUUAUAAUAAUAAUAAUAAUUUAUUAUUUAUACCCCGCCCAUCAGCCACUCUGGGCUGCUCCCUAUCAAGUGUUUAAAACAGUACAGCGUUAAAUAUUAAAAACUUCCCUGAACAGGGCUGCCUUCAGAUGUCUUUUAAAGAUAGGAAAGCUGCUUAUUUCCUUCACAUCUGAAGGGAGGGUGUUCCACAGGGCGGGUGCCACCACCGAGAAGGCCCUCUGCCUGGUUCCCUGUAGCUUUGCUUCUUGCAGUGAGGGAACAGCCGGAAGGCCCUCGGAGCUGGACCUCAGUGUCCGGGCAGAAUGAUGGAAGUGGAGACGCUCCUUCAGAUAUACUGGACCGAGGCCGUUUAGGGCUUUAAAGGUCAGCCCCAACACUUUGAAUGGUGCUCGGAAACGUACUGGGAGCCAAUGUAGGUCUUUCAAGACCGGUGUUAUAUGGUCUCGGCGGCCGCUCCCAGUCACCAUUCUAGCUGCCGCAUUCUGGAUUAAUUGCAGUUUCCAGGUCACCUUCAAAGGUAGCCCCACGUAGAGUGCAUUGCGGUAGUCCAAGCGGGAGAUAACUAGAGCAUGCACCACUCUGGCGAGACAAUCCGCGGGCAGAGAGGGUCUCAUCCUGCGUACCAUAUGGAGCUGGUAGACAGCUGCCCUGGACACAGAAUUGACCUGUGCCUCCAUGGACAGCUGUGAGUCCAGAAUGACUCCCAGGCUGCGCACCUGGUCCUUCAGGGGCACAGUUACCCCAUUCAGGACCAGGGAGUCCUCCACACCAGCCCGCCUCCUGUCCCCCAAGAACAGUACUUCUGUCUUGUCAGGAUUCAACCUCAAUCUGUUAGCCGCCAUCCAUUCUCCAACCAUUUGAUCUCGGCGCACAUGCAGACGUCGUAGGCGCAUUGACGCCGGCCGCCUUGAGCCAGUUGCAACCUCUCCGCCUCGCCUCCCUCUCUGGGUUGUUGCAAAGGAGGCGAAUGGGCGAGGGAAGGGAUCGUGUGCAACGCCUUCUGCGGAUAAAUGGAAUGAAAUAAAAUUUUAGCUGUGAUGUGUCAGGGAAAAAGGCAGAAAAUAAUAAUAAUAAUAUUAAUAAUAAUAAUAGAAACUGUGAGAAUGAUCAGGAGAGAGUAAAUCCUCAAAGGGAGUAGAACUCAGGUCAGAGUAAAAAUCCUUAGGAUUUCAUUUUUUUCCUUUUAUUUUAUUAACAUAUAAAACACAUACAUAUACAUUUACACAAUACACGUACACAACACACUACCUAACUUUCAUAACAUAAAACAUACCUACAUUACUCUAUAUAAUACCUACCUAUAUCAAUAUACCUACUCCAUAUGGACACCCACCACGUGACUUGACUUCCAGCCGUUCUUGUUACGCUACUUUAUUUUUCCAACUAGAUUAAACGCAUUUCAUUAUUUCUUUAACCUCUUCUUGUAUCUUAACUUUACUCUCCUUUCACUCUAAUCAUUUUCUGGAUUCACUCAGUAUCUGUCAGAAAUUCUACUUUUCCCACAUAAAUGUCGAUGUACUCCUUAAAGAUAGCCCACUCCUUAUUCACCUUUUGUACCCAUUAUCUCCUCUUAUCCUCCCUGUUAGUUCGGCAAUAUGGAAGGAUUCCAUCAUUUUAGAUAACCAGUCUGUUUUAGUUUGGAUGCUGUUGCUUUUCCAAAUUUUGGCAAUCAAUAACCUUGCCGCCGUAGUUGCAUACAUACCGUAUUUUUUGCUCUAUAAGACUCACUUUUUCCCUCCUAAAAAGUAAGGGGAAAUGUGUGUGCGUCUUAUGGGGUGAAUGCAGGCUGCGCAGCUAUCGCUGAAGCCAGGAGAGCGAGAGGGGUUGCUGCUUUCGCUGCGCAGCGAUCCCUCUUGCUGUUCUGGCUUCUGAAAUUCAGAAUAUUUUUUUUCUUGUUUUCCUCCUCCAAAAACUAGGUGCGUCUUGUGGUCUGGUGCGUCUUAUAGAGCGAAAAAUACGGUAAAUAUUGGUCUGGCCAUUCUUUUUAUUUCCUCUGACACGAUACCUAGGAAAAAGGAUUCUGGUUUUUCCCCAAGUGAAAAUCUAAACAUCUUUUUCAAUUCAUUAUAGAUAUUUCCCCAGAAUCCCACUAUCUCUUUGCACUCCCACCACAUAUGUAGAAAGGUUCCUGCCUCGUUGUUGCAUCUCCAACAUACAUUACAACAGUUUUUGUACAUUUUUGCCAAUCUGGAAAACAUCCUUAGGAUUUCAGUGUAAGGCUGCACAUUCUUUACCCAGCUACACGGGAGUAAGCUCCAUCGAAUACUGUGGGACUUACAUUUGAGUUGACCUAUAAAGGCUUGACAAGAAAGGAAUCGACACUGCUAAGAAAUGGUUGCCUCUUUGAAGCAUCACAAAUAAAGAAUUUAAGGCGACCUUUUCCUUCGAAAUUGUAGGAAGGGCUCUCGAUUGGUGCAGGUAUUUUAUUUUCAGCAUAAAGAGGACUCUCUUUUUUAAAUAAUAUAAUAAUACAUAUUAUUUUUUUUUGCGGGAGAAGCUUCCUGAUGUAGAAUAGGAUGCCCCUAUUUUCCUGGGAGAAAUGUUGUAGGGUAUGUAGCAGGGAGACGUUUAUCACGGCCUAUUGGAGCGCGUUGGAGCCUUCCGUGCCCAGUAUACCAGUGCGAGAUACUGGGUUUUGUGUGCGUGCAAACUGGGCGUGUGGAACUGUCCCAUUUGGAAACCUGAGGUUGCAUUCGACGGAGAUGUGGGCUGAUCCAUCAGGGCUCUCCUCCGGCUCAGAUCCGUAAGCAGAGGGGGCACCUCGUGAGUUACAAUGCAGGACAUAUGGCGGACCUGGGCAUCGGGAAACCAAAACCAUGCGCCAUUUCUAGCUCUCUGUAGGUUUAGGAUGGGCCGAACCUGGAAACUUCAGCGCUCUUCCAUCUAGCCCAGUGUUGCCAACUCAGACUCACAGCAGAGGGAAGCAUUUCACAUCAUAUGCUGCCAGCUGCCAGGAUCGAACCCGAGUCCUGCAUGCAGCCCAUGCGCUUGGCAGCUUGAGAUGCCUGCGUACCUUCAUUCUCAAGAGACCAAUCUCCCUGGCAACCUGGGAUUUCCUCCUCUCACACCUGUCUCUUUCCUUCCCAUUUCCAAGACACCAGCUACUGGCGCUCGGCCACCUUUGGCGUCCUACUCACCUCUGCCAUUCUGGCCACGCUGGUGGCACUCAUGUGCUUCCAAGGUAAGUGAGCGAGAGGGAAGGGGCUGACUGAGUCCCUUUACCUUAAAGAAAAACAUGAACCUCGUUUUUGUGUUGACUUAAGGCAUGGGUAGGGGAUGCGGGUGGUGCUGUGGGUUAAACCACUGAGCCUAGGACUUGCCGAUCAGAAGGUUGGCGGUUCGAAUCCCCGCGACGGGGUGAGCUCCCGUUGCUCGGUCCCUGCUCCUUCCACCCUAGCAGUUCAAAAGCACGUCAAAGUGAAAGUAGAUAAAUAGAUACCGCUCCAGUGGGAAGGUAAACGGCGUUUCUGUGGCUGCUGUGGUUCAUCAGAAGCGGCUUAGUCCUGCUGGGCACAUGACCCGGAAGCUGUACUCCGGCUCCUUUGGCCAGUAAAGCGAGAUGAGCACCGUCGCAACCCCAGAGUCGUCCACGACUGGACCUAAUGGUCAGGGGUCCCUUUACCUUUACUUUAAGGCAUGGGUAGGCAAACUAAGGCCCAGGGGCCGGAUGCGGCCCAAUCGCCUUCUCAAUCCGGCCCACGGAUGGUCCGGGAAUCAGCGUGUUUUUACAUGAGUAGAAUGUGUCCUUUUAUUUCAAAUGCAUCUCUGGGUUAUUUGCGGGGCAUAGGAAUUUGUUCAUUCUUAUUUUUUUCCAAAAUAUAGUCUGACCCCCCACAAGGUCUGAGGGACAGUGGACCGGCCCCCUGCUGAAAAAGUUUGCUGACCCCUGGCUUAAGGCAUGGGUAGGGAAACUAAGGCCUGGGGGCCGGAUCCAGCCCAAUCGCCUUCUCAGUCCAGCCCACAGACGGUCCGGGAAUCAGCGUGUUUUUACAUGAGUAGAAUGUGUCCUUUUAUUUAAAAUGCAUCUCUGGGUUAUUUGUGGGGCAUAGGAAUUCGUUCAUUAUUUCCCCCAAAAAAAUAUAGUCCGGCCCCCCACAAGGGAUUUAAAUUAAAUUUAAUUUUUUUAAAAAAAUGCACCAAGUAGGAAUGCACGCAAGUAGGAAUGGGAUUGGGGCUGCUUCGAUGGGAAGGGAGGCUUCACGCUGCCUAACUGAGAGCUACUUGCCCCCCAUUGCUUUCACACAAGUAGGAAUGGGAUCGGGGCUGCUCCGACAGGCAGCGCAAAGCCUCCCUUCCCAGCUGAGGGAUCCCAACCCGAGAAGCCAUGCGCGCCUCCCCGCCUCCUGCUCCUUCCCCUUUCGGAGGAGAAAUAGAGAUGGCAACAGCUAGAGCGGUGCCAGGGAGGUGCCGCCUGCGAUGUUUCCUGCAAUGGAAAGGGACUUGGGCUUCUCCUGUGCCCGUCUGCGCACAGCCCCUCCCGGGAAAGGCCCUCUCUGCCCCAAGUAAUUCCUGACUCCGCAGCAAGGCUGCAUCGCCACGUGGAGCUGCCCGAGCCGAAACGAUUGCGUGCCCCGCUGCUCGCUCUGUCUGCAGCGCCAGGGCAAUUGCCGGGCGCCGGCGGGCCGGGUUUAGAACCCUGGCGAGCCUGAUCCAGUCCGGGAGCCGUAGUUUGCCGACCCCUGUUAUAAACCGUGGGAUCCUUCUGGGUCAUCGCGGCAGGGUUAGGUCAUUGUUAUGUACUGAGUUGAAUAGGAUCCAAAAGGCAGCAGUCUGAUUGGUCCUAGAACAAUAGGAUUCAGAAUGCAGCAGUCUGAUUGGUCCUAGAACAAUAGGAUUCAGAAUGCAGCAGUCUGAUUGGUCCUAGAACAAUAGGAUUCAGAAUGCAGCAGUCUGAUUGGUCCUAGAACAAUAGGAUUCAGAAUGCAGCAGUCUGAUUGGUCCUAGAACAAUAGGAUUCAGAAUGCAGCUGUCUGACUGGUCCUAGAGCAAUAGGGUCCAGAAUGCAGCAGUCUGAUUGGUCCUAGAACAAUAGGGUCCAGAAUGCAGCAGUCUGAUUGGUCCUGGAACAAUAGGGUCCAGAAUGCAGCAGUCUGAUUGGUCCACAGGAGCCACCCAAUCCAGCUCCAGGUGAAAGUGAAUCUGCAACCAGAUUGGCCUACAGGUGAAUCCCGGAAUUAGCCAAUCACGUGGGGCUCAUUGUGUAAAUAAUGUAUAUAAAGCAGACAUUCUGGGGGAACUUCCAUUCCUCCUCACCACUAUGAGCUGAAUAAAGAGCAUGAAAUCCAUACUUGACUCCGAGUAUAUUUCAGUCAUCAAAUGAACCAAUGGGUUCAAAACCAGGGAUGCUUCUUCACCAUAGCUGUCAAGUAUUCCCUUUUCUUGUGAGGAAUCCUAUUCAGAAUAAGGGAAUUUCCCUUAAAAAAGGGAAAAUGUUGACAGCUAUGUUUUUCACAGAGGCAGCCCGUGCUUCUCAGGGGCUUUGUGAGAAUGGCACGGAUGAAUUUGGGUCUACAAUCUACUCAACCUGCCUUGUCUUUGGUUCUCUUUUGAAGUGGACAAGCUGUCGAAACAGGCAGAGAGUCAGAAGGACGUGAUGGAGCUGCAGAUCAUCAUCCUGACUGAAAUUCUGAGGCAGCUACAGAUCGGCAAAGGUAGAUGUGGGCAUUGUUUUGUCUCCCCCCACCCUUCUCUUAAACCAGUUUAUUCAUUCGUUCAUUAAAAAAAAUAAAAAUUGUAUCACAGGAGAAACAACGGCCAAGGACUGCAAAUGGGAAAAGUUUUUAGUAAGAAAGAAAUUAUUGGUACCGGUUCUAGUGAUUUGUAAAUUUACAGAUAGGGUGUAAUAUAUAGGACACUCUGGACAGAAUUGUUGUAAUUUGCAAUAAAAGGAACCACAACCAAUAAAGAACUAGACCGUGGUGAUCUUCUGAUCUCCUUGCACCUCCUGGGACCUCCAGCUAUUGCAACAAACACCUCCCUAUCUCCAGGGCCGGAUUUUGGUUUGAUGAGGCCCUAAGCUCCUGAAGGUAAUGGGGCCCUUUAUAUGUCCAGCUGUCCUUUGUCAACAACAAAUUGUCACUGAUUUUUGUGUGUUGAAUAAAUGCUAUAUGGUCAUUGAUGGACCUCAUAGUUAUCUCAAGCCAUUUGCACAUGACAAAAAAUGUAUUUUAUUAAAGUAAUGGUUGAAUUGAAAUACAAUUAAGAAGAUCGUGAAGCUGACAGAUCGUGAAGCUGAGGCUCCAAUACUUUGGCCACCUCAUGAGAAGAGAAGACUCCCUGGAAAAGACCCUGAUGUUGGGAAAGAUGGAGGGCACAAGGAGAAGGGGACGACAGAGGACGAGAUGGUUGGACAGUGUUCUCGAAGCUACAGACAUGAGUCUGACCAAACUGCGGGAGGCAGUGGAAGACAGGAGUGCCUGGCGUGCUCUGGUCCAGGGGGUCACAAAGAGUCGGACACGACUAAACUACUAAACAACAACAACAUAUUAAUAGUGAAAUACAAGUAAGAAGAAGUACAGUGGACGCUCAGGUUGCGAACGUGAUCCAUGCGGGAUGCAUGUUCGCAACCUGCAGCGGCGCAUCUGUGCAUGCACAAAGAGCAAUUUAGUGCUUCUGCACAUGCGCAGCCGCUGAAGCCCGGAAGUAACUCGUUCCAGGUUUUGGCGUGUCUGUAACCCGAAAAAGCUCAACAUGAAGUGUCUGUAACCCGUGGUAUGGCUGUAUAUUAAUAGUAAACUAAUUACUAAGCUCUAACUGUAUGUAGGUUUUAUUUUAUUUGUUUUUUAUCUUAUAUUUUGGAAGUGUAUACUCAGUUUUUUUCCCAUUAAAUUUUUUGGGGGGGCCCAAGAGAGCGGGGCCCUAAGCUAUAGCUUGUUUAGCUUAUACGUAAAUCCGGCACUGCUUGUCACCCUUUUGGCCCAUUUAGGGGUAGGGAAGGGGGAUAAAUGAUACUUCUGUACAACUGCCAAGCUUUUCAUGCACAACCACCCCCCCUUUAGCUAUCAACUGCAGUGUGUGCAAGAUGCAGUGGUUGCAGCACAAAGAUUCCUGCUACCUUUUCCGAGAAAGGAAGAUGGGCUGGCGUUCCAGCAUGGGCUUCUGCAGAGACGAGUUCUCCUCCCUGGCGGUCAUCCACAACGACACAGAACAGAUGGUACUGGGGCUUGUCCGGUUCGCUGCCGGGAUGGAGAUGGGCAAGGCUCGAUAGCUUCAGGGUCCCCCCCUCCCCAUGCCUCACCCCCAUAUCACGUAGCAGUAGUUCAGCUGUGCCCCCACCAUAUACCGUAUUUUUUGCUCUAUAAGACACACGUUUUCCCCUCCUAAAAAGUAAGGGGAAAUGUGUGUGCGUCUUAUGGAGCGAAUGCAGGCUGCGCAGCUUUCGCUGAAGCCAGGAGAGCAAGAGGGAUCGGUGCGCACGGAUCCCUCAUGCUUUCCUUGCUUCGCUUCGCUGGAGAGGCGCUGCGCAGCUUUCCCUCUCGGCGCAGCGCCCCUUCAGCGAAGCAGGAGGAGAAGCGGAGCUUUGCUGGAGAGGCGCUGUGCAGAGAGGGAGAGAAUAUUUUUUUUCUUGUUCUCCUCCUCUAAAACUAGGUGCGUCUUAUGGUCGGGUGCGUCUUAUAGAGCGAAGUAUACAGUAUUAUACCUUUAAAGCAACCCAUUUGAUGACUGGACUGUGUCCUUAGAGAAUAAUCAGCGAUUUUUAAAAAAACCAGAAACCUGAUAGGUACUGUUACAAGUAAAAAUACCAAUCUCAAGGCCUGAAGCCCUAAACGGCCUCAGUCCAGUAUACCUGAAGGAGCGUCUCCACCCCCAUCAUUCUGCCCUGGACACUGGGGUCCAGCUCUGAGGGUCUUCUGGUGGUUCCCUCCCUGCGGGAAGCCAAGUUACAGGGAACCAGGCAGAGGGCCUUCGCGGUGGUGGCACCCGCCCUGUGGAACGCCCUCCCUUCAGAGGUCAAGGAAAUGGGAGGUCAAGAGGAUCUCUGUGGGAGUGAUCCGGCCCAUGCCCAGUAAGCCUUGCUGACCCCUGACUCAUUGCUUUCUGCCAUCCCUUUGCUCCUCUCCUCUCAUGUUUCGCUGAGCUGGUUGCAAGGGAAGAGAGGCAGAUUUUUCUUGCCGGGGUCUUGAACUAACAGUUCACAUACUUGGGUUUUUGAAAAUGAGGUUGAAAGGCAGUGGUCUAUCUCCCCUCCUGAAGGCAGGGUGCUUGUGGCUUUGCCUUGCAGAACUUCCUGAGGUUUGAAUCAAAGAAACAUUUCCGCCAGCGCCACGGCAAGAGUCAAUACUACAAAUUCUGGAUGGGCCUGACGUACGACAUCGUCACGAAGCAAUGGAAAUGGGCAGAUGGCUCUCUCUAUGACCCCAAAAUGUAAGUGACUCUGGCAUCCCCAUACUCCCUAAUUCAUUUGUCACAAGAUUGGGUAAUCAUUAUUAAGCUAUAUUUCAUUAUUAUUAUUAUUAUUAUUAUUAUUAUGAUUAUGAUUUUCAAUUAUAUACAUUUCAGUACAGUGGUACCUUGGUUUAAGAACAGCCCUGUUUACUAACUAUUGGGUAUGCAAACUCAGCAGUGUCCCGGUUUGCGAAAAGAAGCGGGACGGUGGAAGGGCACUGGCGGCGGGAGGCCUCAUUAGGGAAAGCGCAUCUUUAACAUGUUAAAAAGCACGUUUUAACAUUUCAAAUCUCGACUUCCUUCCCUUUCUUUCUGCAGCUCCUUAAUUUUUUUAAAAAAAUAUAUUUUCUGCAUAUUCCAAAUUAACUUAAUUUCCUCAUUUAUUCAUCUACUUUAAAUAUAUGCUCUUAUAAAACUGGAGGUUAUUACAAUAAUCCUGUCAGUGUUCUUAUCUGUUUACAGUUUACAGUGGUACUUUGGUCCUCAAUCCGUUCCGGGAGUCCGUUUGCCUCCCGAAACUAUACAAAAACCAAGGCGCGACUUCCGUUUGGCUGCAGGAAAUUCCUGCACUCAAGUGGAGGCCACGUCGGACGUUCGGCUUCCAAAAAUCGUUCGCAAACCGGAACACUUACUUACGGUAUUCAGGAGCCGAUUUGUUCAGCAGAUAAGCCGUUUGAGAAUCAAGGUACCACUGUACUUGUAAAUAUUCAAUAAACCAUGAGGUGGGGGGGGCAGUGGGAGGAGGCCGGCUCCGUGCAAGGUGGUGGAGAAGCAGGGGAAGGAGGGAGGGGUGCUGGAGGAGGCACCAGUUGCAGUGUGUAGCCUCGAGCGAGGGGAUCUUUCAAGGUAGAGUGGACAGGGGGAGCAAUGAUAGAGUCACAUCUAUCAUCGUAUUUUUCGCUCUAUAAGACGCACCAGACCAUAAGACGCACCUAGUUUUUGGAAGAUGAAAACAAGAAAAAAAAUAUUCUGAUUCCCAGAAGCCAGGACAGCCAGCGGCAUCGCUGCGAUCCCGCUGGCUGCCCUGGCUUAUGGGAUAGCCGCGAGCAGCCUCUUCCGAACUAGGGAGGCUGCGUGCAGCUAAGCAAGAAGCCAGGACAGCCAGUGGGAUCGCAGCGCAGCGAUCCCGCUGGCUGUCCUGGCUUCUUGCUUGGCCGCGCGCAGCCUCUCCCGGGCAAGGGAAGCCUUCAUCCCCUGCCCAGGAGAGGCUGCACGCAGCUAAGGCCUCCCCAAGAGCCGCACUCCCUUUAAAGAGCACGCGGAGUUUCUCUCCUUGAGAAAAAGCCCCCAAGAGCCGCACACACGCUCCACACGGCUCUUUAAAGGGAGUGCUGAUCAGAGCCUCCCGCCUGCACUCGCUCCAUAAGACGCACACACACUUCCCCUUUUUAGGAGGGGAAAAGUGUGUCUUAUUGAGCGGAAAAUACUGUAUGCGCAGAGCUUGGGAUGCAAGCACACACCACACAGCCGAGGAGGUGGUGUGUUGCGGAGCCAGCAGAGAAAGCUCUGGACCGCGGGAAAGCACCCGAAGCCUUCCCGCCUCCGAUGGGCACUGGAGGUGCGUAGGCACCAAGCCCCCGCUCCGCCUCGCUUACCUCCCCGGACUCUCCGCCUGGCGCCCUGGCUCGCUGCGCCACCACGCCCGAUGGUAAAGACGGCCCUGCAUAGAAAUAAAAGGCUGUCCACAAUAUCUUUGCUUAGUUUUAUUUUCAAAAAUGUAACCGUCAAAAACUGCAAGCCAUCACUCCUCCUCACCAGCAGCAUACAAAACAUUUACAGUGGUACCUUGGGUUACAGAUGCUUCAGGUUACAUACGCUUCAGGUUACAGACUCCGCUAACCCAGAAAUAGCACCUCGGGUUAAGAACUUUGCUUCAGGAUGAGAACAGAAAUUGUGUGGCAGCGGCAGCAGGAAGCCCCAUUAGCUAAAAUGGUGCUUCAGGCUAAGAACAGUUUCAGGUUAAGAACGGACCUCCAGAACGAAUUAAGUACUUAACCCAAGGUACCACUGUAAUCAACUUAAAUACAGUUUUCAAAUAAUCAGUUAUCCUAUCACAUCCCUUCCUGCAUCCGGUGCAGAAAGUAAACUCCCCGUUUAAUUAGUCAAACAGUCAAGAGACCGCAGGUGUGCAUAAGUGCAUAACUUACGGAAUAUGCAGAACUGGCAAAAUUAACAGAUAAAUUAUAUGAAAAGGAUAACGAAGACUUUAAGAGAGAAUGGGAACCAUUUACAAGAUAUACGAAGAAGCAACGUGAAGAAUUGGACUCACUGGCAGGGUUUGAAUAAACAAACACAAUUGUAUAUAACAAAAAGUAAGAUGAUAUGGAUUGGGGAAAUUUUGGGAAACAACAUGCAGGGUGAGUAAUAUGGAAAUAAAACAAAAUGGGAAUAUGAGGGAAGUCCAGAGGAGGAGGAGGAUAUGGAAAAUUGUUAGAGAAAUAUUGUUAGAGGAUGUAUACAUGGAAAAACCAAUUACCGUAUUUUUCGCUCCAUAAGAUGCACCUGACCAUAAGACACGCCUAGUUUUUAGAGGAGGAAAAGAAGAAAAAAAAAUAUUCUGAAUGAAACAGUGGAUGUAUGAUUUUUGUGGUUCAUGCUGUGACCACAGACAUGAUGGUGAGUUUGGGGUAGCUCAAUGCAAAAAUCCUGAGGAUUCAUGUGGAUCCUUGCUUUGUAACCACGUUUUUGCGCCAUUGCGGCCCCACGAAACAGUGGAUGCGUGAUUUUUUUGGUGUAGGCUGUAGCCAUAGACAUGCUAUGUGAUCUGAUGGUGAAUUUGGGGUGACCCGAUGUAAAAAUCCUGAGGAUCCAUGGGCUUUUAUCUUCCCCCCCCCAGCAGCCUCUUUUAUCGUGUCCCUUAUCUCUCUUCCGAUCCCAUCAAUCAGCUGUUUCCUUUCAACACUCCCUUCCCUCUUGUUCGCCUUAGUGUCUUUUCCUUAGCUGGAACAGUUUUUUGCUCCUCAUUUUCUUCUAAUUUCUCUCCUCAUUGAUUUAGUCUUCCUGUCUCCUCUGCUUGCAAGUUUGCUGUCUUUACCUCCCCCUCCCAGGCAGCCUCCUUUAUCUCUAGCGUCCCUUAUCUCCCUCCCUGAUCGCUUGCCAAUUAGCGGCUUUGUUUCAACACCCACUUCCCUCUUUCAAAAAAAGAAAAGGGAAAAAAAAGAACAUAAUUUGCUUUUUGCCCCUGGGCAAUUCUGCUCCAGGGACCACGCAUUCGCUCUAUAAGACGCACAGACAUAUCCCCUUACUUUUUAGGAAGAAAAAAGUGUGUCUUAUGGAGCGAAAAAUACGGUAAUUAUUUUUUUUUAAAAAAAGAGAGAGAGACCACAGGUGUGCAGCUAAGUAGGUCAAGCUGCAAACAUGCACCUCUGAGUAGCACCAUUGACCUUAAGAUAAAGAAAAACCGACAUCAUCUCCUUUUCUGUGUUGCAGGCAUGGAAAGCUGCCGCCCAAGGGCUGCGGCUACCUCCAAAACGAAUCGCUUUUCUCCCAGGAGUGUGAGGAAUUGGCUUACGUCAUGUGUCAGACUGCGCUUCGGUUUGGCUGGAGUUGAGCAGCUGUGGAAGAGGAGAAGGAGGCGCAGAAGCCGGUGUGGGUAUGUGGUUGUGAUCCGUGUUGUGGCCGUUUCCCUUCAGAAGUCCCCAGAACG